AUUCCCAUCACACUCCCAAGCAGAUACUCGUUUCUCGCUUUCGAACUCUCUCUGCUGUGUUCCUCUCGAGAUUUGGUCAAAUCUAUUGCCACAUGGUAAGCCUUCGUCGUCGUCGCUUCUUUCUUCUCCCUCCAUGGACGUCAGCUUCGUAUCGUCGUUGAUGGUGAUUAUUCGUCGGCUUGUUUUUUUGGGAUCGAAAUCGAGACAUGGGUCAUGUUGCUCUCGAUCUUAGGAUUCCACAGCCGCACUCUGGCGAACGGAAAUUCCGCCGAUCCCGCUUGAAACUCACCGGAAACGUUAAGAUCGGAUACAUUUUCGGGUCAAUCUGACCUCGUUUGGUUCGUAUUCGGGAACCUAAAACCGGUUUUGGAGCACUCCCGUUGGUCUAGACCUACUCCCGAGAAGUUCGAAUGUUCCGGCGUUGACCGACGUUGACCGGCGCUAGGAAUUUGGGCACGCGCACGGUUGCGAUCUUGUAGCUUCCCUGAAGCUGAAUCCGCUACUUGCUUUCAUGAAUAAAUACAUCUGAUCGUUCUAGGUGUUCCUGCGAAAAAACCGAGAAUAGCCAAGGAUUUCCAUCAUGAAACAAGAGAGAAGGAUUGUAUGGGAGUUCCCAAGGCCAAAGAAGAUCAGGAAGAAGAGGCCUGAGAUUGUUCGGGAUGACGAAGAUCCGGAUUUUCUAUGUUCAUCAACUGACAUGUCAAAUUUAAGAAUGGUGAUUGAAGUUGGGAAUGCAAAAGGAAGUGCUGCGAAAAACGGUGACAUGACUCUGAAAGGAAAAUAUGCAUCGGUUGAAGCUCUUGUAUGUUUGGUUGUCAAUCAGUUGACCAUGAAUCUCCAAAAGCUUGACCCUUUUCCGAAGAAAAGUACCUACGAUGGUCAAGAUUAUGCAGAGCCAUCUCGCGGUUUACCUCUAAACAAUGCUAUGAAGAUCACUAAUUGUGGUUGGGAUACCUGGAAGGAAGAUUUGACUGGCAUGUCGGGGAGCUUGAAGUUUGCAAGAGUCGGAAGUUUGUCUCCUAGAGUAAGUCGUGUAACUUCUUCGAUCAAAGGAGCUGCAAAAGAUGGUCCUGUUUUCGGAAAUGAGGAUGAUGUGGGAGCAAAUGUUUAUUCUCCACAGAAGAGUGAUGGUGAAAAUGAUGGUGUUCUAUCUGAUGGUGAAGAUGUUGAUAAUGUUUGUUCGAGGAAUUCCACAAGCUUGUUGCCUUCAGGUCGGCUCGAGGAUGGUACAAGGAGUAUGCGGUUUAAAUCUGAAAGCACCGCUCCUCUGGUUAGUCCAAAAUCAGGGUUAGAUGCUGGGAAUCUUUUCAAAUCGGCGCUUGCUGGAGGAAUUUCAUGUGCUUUCUCUGCUUUUUUAAUGCAUCCAGUGGAUACCAUCAAGACACAAGUUCAAGCAUCGACAACCUUGUCAUUUCUAGAGACACUCUCAAGGAUUCCAGAGAUAGGUUCCCGGGGAUUGUACAAGGGAUCUAUUCCCGCUGUUGCCGGCCAAUUUGCAAGCCAUGGAUUACGAACUAGUAUUUAUGAAGCAAGUAAACUAGGCUUAGUACACAUUGCUCCAACUCUCCCAGACGUCCAAGUUCAGUCAAUUGCGUCUUUUUUGGGCACAUUUCUUGGCACGGUGAUGCGGAUUCCUUGCGAGGUGCUGAAACAACGAUUACAAGCCAACCUGUUCGACAAUACAGUGGAAGCUGCCACUGUGACAUGGCAUCAAGAUGGCUUCAGAGGAUUUUUCCGUGGCACCGGAGUCACCCUGCUACGCGAGGUCCCAUUCUACGUCGCUGGAAUGGGACUUUUCAACGAGACAAAGAAGGUAGUGGAGCGACGUCUGGGCAGAGAGCUGGGGCCGUGGGAGACGAUAGCGGUGGGAGCCUUGUCGGGAGGGUUCACGGCCGUCCUGACGACACCUUUUGACGUGAUCAAGACGAGAAUGAUGACUGCUCCACAAGGCGUAGAACUAUCGAUGUGGGCGGCUGCAUAUUCCAUUGUGACGCAAGAGGGUCCUCUCGCAUUCUACAAAGGAGCUGUUCCCAGGUUCUUUUGGACUGCCCCUCUCGGAGCCUUGAACUUAGCCGGCUACGAACUUCUUCGAAAAGCCAUGAUCAUUCCUCACAAUCGGAACGGAAUGGCCGAUUCCAAGUGACUCCAGGCCGAGAUUCCUUCCUACGCAUUUGAAGAGGUCGGAAUCCAAUCAGCGGGGUAAUUUUAGAAUUUUAAUAAAUUGAGAUAUUUUUAUAAUUUCUAAAAAUAUUAGUAUUUUCGUUCCAAUUCUGAUUUAUUCGAUUUGAAUUCAAAUAUAAAUGAUUUUAAAAAAUGGGUAAUUUUUACCAUAAUU